GUGGAGGUGAGUCUAGCUGAGUCCAGCCAGUACAGCUUCAGGGACUGUGAGGGCUGUCAGUACAACGUCUGCCUGUGUGGAGAGCAGAGCAGGACCUUCUCAUGGAUCGUAACUCCCACAGCUUUAGAGGGACCAGUGACGAAGAACUUUUCUCUGCUGCUGCCUGAGAAGUUUGUUGCCGGCUCGGCCCGGGCGUCCGUCUCUGUCCUGGGGGACCUGAUGGGCCGCGCCAUGAAGAACCUGGACAAGCUGCUGUCCAUGCCGUACGGCUGCGGAGAGCAAAACAUGCUGCUGUUCGCUCCAGAUGUCUUUAUUCUGGACUACCUGAAGAGCUCCGGUCAGCUGACUCCGGCUAUUUUAAACAAGGCCAAGGUGUUCCUGCAGAGCG